UGGCUUCUCUCUCCAUAACCCAAUUAGUCUCUCUAUAUACUAUUUGCUUGAGUGGAGAGAAUUUUAUGCAGCAGAAACGCAAAAAGCAAUCUCUUGGUUUUGUUCAUAUAAAAAGAAGAUUUUGUGUUCUUUGAAAGUUUUUCAAGAAAAGGGUUUUUCUGAAUAUUUCAGUAGAAGCAAAAAAAAAAAAAAAGAAAAGAAAGAAGAUUGCAUAUUUAGCAAGAAAGAAACAGAAAGGGGGGGAGAGAGAGAUUGAAGAAAAGGUUUCUUUGAAAUGGUUUUCAUUUUUAUGUGUGAGAUUGCAGAAGAAGAGAAGGUUGAUGAUGGAGGGUGGGAGAAAGAAAGAUAAUUAUUAGUUCACAAGCCAAAAGCAGAAGUAGAAACAAAGAACUGUAUAUAUAUAUAUAUAUAUAUAUAUAUAUUUCUUUGUUCCUAUUUAUAUAUAUACACAUCAAGAAGCAGUCGUCAAGUUUAUUUUGAAUCUGCUUCUGCUGGGGAAUUUGGCAAAUGUCUGCAACUAUAGUAAGUGACCCAAUGGUGGUAACAACAACACCAGAAGCACAACCAACUGGAACAGCAACAACAGCAACAAAUAUGCUAAUCUCAACAGCAGCACAAACAGAAGUUGAAUCUGUCAAAUGUGAAUGUUGUGUUCUAACAGAGGAGUGCACACCAGCUUACAUCGAAAGAGUAAGAGAAAGAUAUCAUGGAAAAUGGAUAUGUGGGUUAUGUGCAGAAGCUGUAAAAGAUGAAAUUGUAAGAUCGACAGAGAGGCUUAUUAGCACAGAAGAAGCUAUGGCUAGACACAUGAGUUUCUGCAAGAAAUUUGUUUCUUCUGGUCCUCCUCCUGACCCAACUGUUCAUUUGAUAUCUGCAAUGAGACAGAUUUUGAGAAAAAGUCUGGAUUCACCAAGAGGGUUAAGAUCAACCCCGACCAGUCCUACCAAUUAUGGAAAAAUUCGAGCUGCUGGGCUUACUAGGUCUGAAAGUUGCUUCCCUACUUUGUCUGGUUGAUGCAUGGACAUAAAAUAGGAUAAUACAUGAAGAUGUGGAUUAUCAAAUAUGGAUAUCAAUCAAUAAGAAUGGAAGGGAGUGUUGGAGAAAAUUACAGUUGAUGUGAUGGAAAUAAGAAAAGAAGGGAAAAGUGCAAAAGAAAAAAACUGGACUUAGGUGCUUCAUGUAGUUAUUUUAGUUGUUAAAUACAGAACUUUGUUUUUUCAGAAUGUGAAAUUCCAUUUUUCCUGAAACUUUAUGUUUCAGAUGUAAUUUGUAUAACUUUCUCUUCUCUUCAAAAUCUCUUGCAUUUUGUUUACAAAAAUUUAUUAGAAGUUA